CCCAUUUAGCUCCUUGCGAGCAUCACUCGCCGAAUCAUGUUUGGUCUUCACUUCACUGCCACCCGGACGCAAAUCGCAUCCUACCUUUUCGGCGUCGCCCUCUUCAGCAUCAGCUUCCUCGUCUUCCUCAACAGCUCCAUCUCCUUCGUCAUUACCCAGCGCAUUGGCCAGUCGCACAAUGUCGGCGAUGCCGUCGGCACCCUGGGCUUUGUAGAUGAGCUGGUUGCGCUGGUAGCAUGUCCGGCGUGGGGCUUGCUGAGCGACAGGGUGGGCGUGAGGAGUGUCGCGGUACUGGGGUAUAGCAUUGUUGGUGUUGCGCUUUGGGUGUUUGUGCAGGCCAAGAAUGUGUAUCCCGAGCUGCUCCUGGCAAGAAUUCUGUUCAGUCUAGGCGCAACUGCGACCGCAACCAUGGUCACUGCCAUCUUGCCUUCGAUGACUAUCGUCAAAGACGUCAGUUCCGAUCCGCGGUCGCCGACACAAAGCCGUGGCAGAACACAUGCGACGGUUGCCUCGAUUUCGUCUGAACUUACUAUUACGCCUGCGCGCUUCCGAUCAACCUCCCCAGAGGACCACACGCAAUUGCCGCCAGCGAAGACGGACACUGGCGCAUCCACAUCACAGCUUGCGGGACUCGUGGGCAUGUUCACAGGAUGCGGCGCACUAGUAGCGCUCCUCGUAUUCCUCCCACUCCCGACGAAAUUCCAAAACGCCGGUGAGCCACCAGCGACGGCGGUCGCAGAUGCUUUCUAUGUCGUUGGCGCAAUUGCAUUACUCGUAGCCCUUGGAUGUUUCUUUGGUCUGCGCCAACUUCCCGGUGAAGAAGCAAAGGGCUGGAAACGCCUCACCAACACGGGCGAUUACAAAGAUGUAGACAGUCACCUCACACGCGACGUCGUAUUGUCUUACCCUCGCCUCUUCUUUGAAAGCGUCCGCCUUGGCUUCACGUGCCCAAACAUUGGACUGGGCUACGUAGGAGGAUUCGUCGCGCGCGCAUCCUCGGUCGCCAUAUCGCUCUUCAUACCCCUCUUUACCAACCACUACUUUCUGCAAACCGGACGUUGCAAAGUUGAUUCUAGCAACCCGUCUGACAUCAAAGUCGCAUGUCCAGAAGCAUACAAACUUGCGGCCAUGCUGACGGGAAUCAGCCAACUCAUUGCGCUGCUUUCCGCGCCCCUCUUCGGCUACCUCUCUGGCCGGUUCCCGAGAUAUAACAUACCACUCAUGGUAGCAGCCGUAUCAGGCAUAGCCGGAUACUCUGCAUUCGGCUCGCUGACCAGCCCCGACUACAAGAGCAAAGACGGAACCGGCGCGAUAUUCUUCAUUGUAGCUUUACUCGGCAUCAGUCAGAUUGGCGCCAUCGUCUGUUCUCUCGCUCUCCUCGGCCGCGGCAUCAACAACGACGAGUCUUCGCCACCUGAUGCUUUCCCUAGUGGCGCCUCCCGCGGAACCAGCAUGCACGGAACCACCAACCACCCCUCAGCCGGCGCCACUCCGCCUCACAGCGGGCCCGUCACCCCUGUAGACGAAAACGCUCCUCUGCUACCCGAGCACAUGUCACAGAGCCACCGUAGAGCCUCAGCCGCAGGCCUCUCGCCUCAGUCUUCCUCGCACAACCACAUCAAAGGCUCUAUCGCCGGCACCUACAGUCUCCUCGGCGGCUUUGGCAUCUUGCUUCUUACCAAAGCUGGCGGCGCGCUCUUCGACACCACGGGCCCUGGAGCACCGUUCUACAUGAUGGCUGCCUUCAAUGCUAUUCUCGUGCUUGUGACGCUGGGCGUGACGGCGUCGCAGGGCCUGCGGCGGUGGAGGGCGCUGAAAGGUGGGAGUGCUGAGUUUAGGUAGCGGUUUUGCAAAAAUUAUAUGUCUAUGUAUGGGUAUGAGUAUGGAUGAAGACCAUUGGUGAAUAUAUGGGUGUCUGGCUUUCUUUUC